ACCUGCUCUUACUGCCACACUGCCAGAAGCUGUCACCACAGCCUGUGACACACAUUAGUGUAAAUGAGAUGAAUAGCUGUUAAGAAGAGGUUUACAUUAACACUGUAAUGGCUGGUGUUAAAUAACUGGACGAGUAGAUAAGUAUUUAAAGAGGGGAAGCCUACCUAUUUGGAUUAUUGUAUAGCCUACAGGAUUACUUAAUCCGUGACGCAGCACAAUAACAAGACAGAGGCGCAAACUGCGUAGCAGGCAGUCUGACGAGGACACACACUGACAAGCAUGCUGCGUUUGCCUGCUGUGAGCCGGACUCUCUUUCCAGCAGCUAUUACCAAAGGAGGUGCAGCUACAGCUAACACUGCUCGCAAUGUAGCUACUGCAGCAGCACCUGCCAGUAACCUGCUGGAGGUGUUUGUGGAUGGGGCGCCUGUCAUGGUGGAGCCAGGAACCACAGUGUUGCAAGCAUGUGAGAAGGUAGGAAUGCAGAUUCCUCGUUUCUGCUACCAUGAGCGCCUGUCAGUUGCUGGAAACUGUCGCAUGUGUCUUGUGGAAAUAGAGAAAGUUCCAAAGCCAGUGGCUGCCUGUGCUAUGCCAGUCAUGAAGGGUUGGAACAUUUUAACCAACUCUGACAAAACAAGAAAGGCCAGAGAGGGUGUGAUGGAGUUUCUUCUGGCUAACCAUCCAUUAGACUGUCCAAUUUGUGAUCAAGGGGGAGAAUGUGAUCUGCAGGACCAGUCCAUGCAGUUUGGCAGUGACAGGAGCCGCUUCACUGAGGGCAAAAGAGCUGUAGAAGACAAGAACAUUGGCCCUCUCAUCAAAACCAUUAUGACUCGCUGUAUCCAGUGCACUCGCUGCGUGCGCUUUGCCAGUGAGAUUGCAGGGGUGGAAGAUCUGGGUACCACUGGCAGAGGUAAUGACCUGCAGAUUGGGACCUAUGUGGAGAAGAUGUUCAUGUCCGAGUUAUCUGGGAACGUCAUUGAUAUAUGCCCAGUGGGAGCCCUGACUUCUAAACCAUACGCGUUCACUGCUCGCCCUUGGGAGACCAGGAAGACUGAAUCCAUUGAUGUUCUGGAUGCUGUGGGUAGCAACAUUGUUGUGAGCACUCGUGGGGGUGAGGUGAUGAGAAUUUUGCCUCGUCUUAAUGAAGAUAUUAAUGAGGAGUGGAUUUCAGACAAAACCAGGUUUGCUUAUGAUGGUCUCAAGAGACAGAGGCUUACUCAGCCAAUGGUGAAAAAUGAAUCUGAGCAGCUGGUCCCUACAACCUGGGAGGAUGUGCUGACUCGAGUAGCUGGAGCAUUGCAAGGAGUUGAGGGAAACGAAGUUGCUGCAGUUGUCGGAGGUUUGGUAGAUGCAGAGGCUCUUAUUUCCCUGAAAGACUUGCUGAAUCGUUUGAACAGUGACAACCUGUGCACAGAGGAGGUGUUUCCAAUGGCUGGAGCUGGAUGUGACCUGCGUUCAAACUAUCUACUUAACACCGGGAUAACUGGCAUUGAAGAAGCUGACGUGCUGCUUCUGGUUGGGACAAACCCACGCUAUGAGGCUCCUCUGUUCAAUGCCCGAAUCAGAAAAAGCUGGCUUCACAACGAGCUACAAGUGGCUCUUUUGGGGAAGAAAGUGGACCUAAGUUACACAUACGACCAUCUGGGGGAGUCCGGCAUGGUUCUUCAAGAAAUUGCGUCAGGAGCUCAUCCGUUUUCCCAAGUCCUGUCUAAGGCCAAGCAUCCUGUUGUUGUGGUUGGAAGCAGUUGCCUGCAGAGAGAGGAUGGGGCUGCUAUAAUGGCUGCUGUCUCAACCAUUGCUCAGAACACUCGCGUCAGCAGUGGUGUGGAGGAAACCUGGAAGGUUCUCAAUGUGCUUCACAGGGUUGCCAGUCAAGUCGCUGCCCUUGAUCUUGGGUACAAGCCAGGAGUGGAGGCUAUCAGAAAGAACCCACCCAAAGUUCUCUUCCUGCUAGGAGCUGAUGCCGGCUGCAUUACUCGCCAAGAUCUCCCGAAGGACAGCUUCAUAAUUUAUCAAGGUCACCAUGGCGACGUUGGCGCUACAAUGGCUGACAUCAUACUUCCUGGAGCUGCAUAUACUGAGAAAUGUAGCACCUAUGUGAACACUGAAGGCCGUGCCCAGCAGACAAAGGUUGCUGUGACUCCACCGGGCAUGGCAAGGGAGGACUGGAAGAUUAUCAGAGGCAUAUCUGAGCUUGCUGGAGUGAAACUGCCAUACGACAGCCUUGAAGAAGUGCGGGAUCGACUGGCAGAAGUUUCCCCAAAUCUGGUUCGAUAUGAUGAAGUUGAGGAGGCCAACUACUUUAAACAGGCUAAUGAACUGUCAAAGGCUGUGAACCAGGCUGUCCUUUCUGAACCUUUAGUGCCUCCACAGCUUACUGUGAAGGACUUCUACAUGACAGGUGGGUCGCUGGUAUUAUAUUCAUUACCUAAAUAUUAUUUUCAUUUUUUAAACUUCCAGGGAACAACUCAGUGUAUCAGUUUCUUUAUUUCAAUGAAACCACGUUUACUUCAUGAUUAACUUGCAAAGUCAUAC